AUGAAUAGCAGUAUGAAUACCAUCCUCUGCGCAUGCGUACUGUGGAUUUGUGUGACAAUUUCUACAUCAGGUUAUGUGAAACGUGGCACAUUGGGGGAGUGUGUAAGAGUCUGUCAUCCACAUCAUCCCACAUGGAUAAAAAAAAUGUUCCGGUAUUGUAUAGUGGAGGAUGAUUGCGUGUACUGCAAAUACUAUGGAUGUCCAGAACUAAAGGAAUGUAAAAGGAGAAGGGUUGUCGUCCCCCCAGAACCAACUCUUGAUAGAAACUGCAUGAUAUGUCCAGGUACUUGUGUGUAUGCUGGCAAGAUAUUUAACAGGAGGGACAGGUUUAAGGCAGUGGAUGGUGUUAAUGAAUGCCAAUGUCAGAAUGUAGGAAAGGUGCGCUGUUCAAAAAAACCAAACCCUUCACCGAGAAAAUUUUGUGGCGUGUGA